UGAAUAAAUUUGGAUCUAAUACUAAUAAUUUUGUUUUGCAAUUUAGAUUGCAAAACAGGAACGGUUCGAUGGGGACAGCCUAAUUUCAGGGUGCUGCCCCUGUUUAACUGGUUAAGUUGUGGAGUCUGAACUGUAGUACAAUUUUUUUGUAUUAAUAUAGAUGGAAUAUCUUGGGCACAAAACUGACAUUUCUCGUAAUAUCUUUGGCUUACCCUAAAAUCAGUCUCCUUCAUCCAUUUUGGUUUUCUGUUAAUUUCAGGUGACGACUCCUCAUCGUACACCUGGGUUAUCUUUUCGCCGGCAACCAAAACGUCAUCUGUGUUGUUCCCUCUCGUCCGCUGUCUUUUCUUAGCCAUCGUCAAGUCCUAUAUAUAUAGACCUCUGAAUUCUUCCUCCUUCCACCCAGCACGCUCACCCUCCAUAGAUCUCUGGCGAAACUCCCAAACAGGGUUUUUUGGCCUUUGGCCUGUCUCAUUUCCCACCGCUUAUGCUCUCUCUUUCUCACCUCAAUCUCAACGAGAAAGAGAGACUGAGACAUUCCAUUCCAACAACCACCGCUGCUGCAAUCCCUCCGUCCUUGAAUCGAUUACGCCAUGGCAAAAGAGCUGAGGCACACGAUGAAGCCUUGGAUUGAGGUCGCGCCGUCGCUCAUCGAUUCCCCUUAUAAGUCUCCCAAUAGUCCAAAACUGGAAACGAUCAGAGAGGAGCGGGCGGAAGAUCCUCACCAGUACGAGGAGGAGAGGCGCGAGAAGAAGAACUUCACAAGGACGAUGAUCACGGUGAGGAACCAUUAAGAUUUCUCAGAUUGGAUAGUCGCUGGCGUCCUGGUUCAGGAGAUGAACUCAAGAGACGGUGUAAAAUUGGCAGUCAAUUUUUCGUGGGAGAUGAGAAUCGUCAAGAUAAACUCACUUCGAUUGUACUUAUUCUUGGAGUACAAUACAGGGAUAAAUUUAUGUAUAUUCUGUAUAUAUAUUUUGUUACUUUCUAACCCUCAGAAUAAUAGACAAAAUAAUAGUCAUUUUUCAUU